AUAACAAAUACUGCUUGACCUUUCUCAUCUCACCUUGAAUUCCGAGGAUCUUUGAAUGCAUCACUGUUUAGCCAGUAGCUCAGUAGGAAAGCAGGAGCGAAUUUCGGCUGCAUGAGGUUCACUGUAGCGCUUAUAUAUUAUCAUAAGAACCUGAAUCAUGGACAACAUUCAGAUCAGGAAGUACCGCGAUGAGGACGCUGAGAGCGUGAAAGAGCUUUUCAUCCUGGGGAUGAAUGAGCACCUGCCAUCGUCCUUCAUGCAUGUCCUUAAGCAGCCUCUGACCCAGAUGGUGCUCAUGGUUUCAUUCUGCGCUCUCAUCGUCAGCUCUAAGUCCUUUAUGCUUCCCAUCUUGGCCGUCACCCUCCUCUUGGCUGCAUCCCGGCAGAUGCUCGUCUACAUGUUUAAUGGUUACAUUAAUGCAUCCCUGAAGAGUGACCUGAACAAUGUCAGUGAGACCUACCUGAAGCAGAAGGACUCAUGUUAUUGGGUGGCUGAAAGUGAAGGGCGUGUGGUUGGGACAGUGGCGUGUCUUCCUGCUGAAGAUUUGCCCGAGUGUCUGGAACUGAAGCGCAUGUCUGUGCGACAGAGUCAUCGUGGGAUGGGUAUCGCUAAGGCUUUGUGUCGGACGGUAGCGGAUUUCACUCGAGAACGGGGUUAUGCUGCUAUUGUUUUGUACACUUCCAUGGUAGCCACUGAUGCUCAGAAACUGUACGAGCACAUGGGCUACAUGAAAAUUAGAGAGUUUCCCGUGCCUGAGUUCUUUGCCAGAAUCAUAAACUUCAAUCUGAUUGAGUACAGACUUGAUUUACAUAGAGUAAAUUUAAGGGACUCAAAGUGACAUGACUAUUUAUAUAAACAAUCACCAAACCGCUUAAAGUUCACCUGAAGUGGUCUAUGUAGUGUUUUUGUCUUCUGUCAUUUAACUAAUUAAAUCUAAAGCGUCAUCCAAAGUUUUCCUGAAACGAUGAAGAGUGUGUAAAGCAGCACAUCGUUACUCCUGCUGUAAGGUAGCUCAUUAGCUGUACUGCAACAUUAAAUUUAUUGACCUGAAGUGAACUGUUUGACUACAAUUCUUAAAGAUAAACAACCAACUGAAGACGAUUCAGAAGUAUAAAUAAAUAAAAAAGUCAGAAAAUAUAAAUUAUUUCAGUUAGCCGGGCCGCUCCGGUCAUCACAGGAUCAUCGGCUAGCAAUGCCUACACCACGCUCAGGACAACCCAGACUCUUCUCAUGCAUCGUUCCACAAAUGUGGAAUGACCUACCAAGCACUACCAGAACAGCGGCUUCCUUUUCAACUUUCAAGAAACUCCUGAAGACCCUGCUCUUCAGAGAGCAUCUUCUUAACUAGCACCCUCCCUGCACCCGUCCCCCCUCUCUACUGUCCACUCCUUGUUCCCUCCUCUCCAUGAUUCAUCAUGCUGCCUCAUUGCCACCUACGAGUGACUGGAAAUUGAUUGUUGUUAUUGUUGUUAGUCUCAACGGCAACAUGCCGAUUAUCACUUGUAAGUCGCUUUGGACAAAAGCGUCUGCUAAAUACAUAAACAUAAGCUAGAAAAAAGAUUUUAGGUAAAUAUUAGAGAUAGGACAACCCAGCUAGUUGUUUUAAUAAAGUUAAUACUUAGAAAAUUGUUGAGCAGGUUAUUUUCCUAGGUUAUGAGACAACAGCAGAAAUGUGUCUAGAUAUUGUGAGAGAAUAUACUUUUACAUGCUCAGACUUAUUUAAUACAUAUAAAUAUGUCAGAACCAGGACCUGUAAAAGUAGCUUGACCUUGGAUAAGUGUACUUGGUUAUAACUAAUGAAGCUGUGUCACUAAAUCUUAAUUUUACCAGAAAUGAAAGUAAAAAUUCUGUGAUUACAUAAUGUGAUAAAACUGUAUUUGUUUGAAAGUGAUUAUUUUGAUUAAUGUAAAGACUAUAGGAACCCCUUGUGUAUAAGGGGACAAGUAUAGGACCAGCAUGCACCAGGGUGGAUCUGGGGUCUUUUUAUGAAGCAGUUAGAUGAAAUGAAUGAAUGAACAAAUGUUUAGAAUCAUAUAUAUAUUUUUAUGUGGACAAUGGAAUGAUGUUGCCUGUGUACCAGAGAUAGAAACUCGAGUCACAUGAUUUGGAUGCAAGCUUCAAUUUUGGAUACUUCUGAACUGACUUGAUUAAAUUUUGAAAUAUUGUACAGUAA